CUGAUACUGAUACUUUCAUACUGACUGCUUCUUUAAUCUUUACUACUACUACUUUUUUUUUGCAUCUAAAUAUUUUUUAACAUUUGCUGUCUUUGUGAAUUCUCUACAGUACAGCUUCAACAACUUCCCUUUCUGUCCUCUCUUUUUCUUCUCUCGUCUGUUGCUCGUUUCCCCUUUUUUGAGCUGAGUUCAUCUUCCUCCCCUCUUCUUCAACUUGCUAAAGGAGAAGUAAAGUAGAAGAUGCUGGCCAUGCUGGCCACACACUUGUGCGUGUAGACAUGAAUAUAAUCAGAGACAACCCUGGCAAACAAACAGCUUAUUAGUAUUUUCACUUAGACCUGGGGCAAUGAAAGGUCUCCAGCCUGCGGGGGGAUGACAUGCAUGUGUCCAGGCUUUUAACAACGUUGAGGAUUGUAAGACUUGUUGGCUGCCAUCCGCCAAGCCAUGAUGGACAUUCUGUACACAGGCCCCGUCCCAGCAGAGCGCGAGUCUCCGAUGGCACGGAGCGAGAUGUCCCCAAGCCGGGCACAGAACUCGCCCCUCACACAGAGACCAAACGCUUGCUGCUUCUGCUGGUGCUGCUGCUGUAGCUGUUCUUGGAGAGAAGAUGAGAGUCGCCGGAGAUUGAAAGCCCAGGAGACUAAGCUGGAGACCAUACCAAACUGUGAAGCUUGCACCAAACCAACGGUGGAGGAGAUAAAACAGUGGUCUCAGUCCUUCGAUAAGCUGAUGAAGAACCCAGCAGGCCGGAAUGUGUUUCGGGAGUUUCUGCGCACCGAGUACAGUGAGGAGAACAUGCUCUUUUGGCUGGCUGUCGAGGAUCUGAAGAAUGAGAUCAGCAAGAAUAUGAUUGAGGAGAAGGCACGAAUGAUCUACGAAGACUACAUCUCUAUUCUUUCACCUAAAGAGGUGAGUUUGGACUCACGGGUACGUGAGGUAAUCAACAGGAAGAUGCAGGAACCAACUCCGCAUACGUUUGAGGACGCACAGCUGCAGAUCUACACGCUUAUGCACAGAGACUCCUACCCACGCUUCCUCAAUUCGCCCAUCUAUAGAUCACUGGUGCAGGGAGGCUCACGGUCCUCGUCUGAGUCCUAAACCCAUCUCGCCCCACUUCCCUUUCUUUCUACGUUCAUCCUUCCAACACAACCACUAAAGGAGAAAGUACAUGUUGGCUUCUUGUCAUGGUUGGAUUAUGUCUCUUUUCCCUGUGUUUUGCUUUGACUUCACCUCUCGUCUGUUGUCUUGGAGGACACACCAUCAAUCUGGAAUAUUCUGAACCUGCACAGUCUGAAACUGGAAGAUACAGGAUUGAAGAAGUAGUCAUAGUCAUUCCACUGCUGGUGACGAAGGAAACAACUACUGAUCCGUGCGAGUCUCCUAAACCUUUGUUCACUUUUUCCAUAGGUAUGUGUUCAACCACAGUUUAGAACUUGUUUUAUCUUUUUAACUGAUGUCAUGAGUUGACAAGAGAGCCUCUGCAAUAAGACACACUGGAGUCGACUUUCUCUGCUCCGCUUACGACUGGUUUGCCUGUUAUCUUUGACCUUUGACCUGUCCACUGUUUCCCUUCUCUGAGAUCAGCUCUCUGAGAAACCGGGUUGGGUGGUGGUCGAGGGUUUCGGUUGUUACCGCAGGGGCUGAAAGUUUCCCAGUUGCAAAAAAGAAAAGAAAAAAAAACAAAGAAUGUUUAGAAUGUUAACAAGUUAAAAAACAACAAUAUGUGGAAAAUAGAUGUAGAUACAAAGAAAAAAGUGAGUUGUGAGAAAAUGCUCAAGUCUUAAUUAGACUGGUCACGCAAAAUGCAUUUUAAAUUUAGUAUUUUUAAUGUUAUUUAUUUUACUAUUUUGUCAACUUUUGUUGUUGUACAGUCAAAUUUUAAAUCCAGUAAGGAUGACACAAACCGAGCAAGGUCACGAGUGCUUCAUUGUCCACUGUCUGUGUUUGCACAUGCGUAUGUUUGUGUAUGUGUGUUUGUGUGUGCAUGUGUAGGUAAGCAAACCUCAACCUCUCUGGCACAUCCUUAUUUACAGGAUGACAUGCUUGAUGGGUCACAUGACACUUUUCUUAGCAAAAAUUGCGAAAAAAUCAGAGAUGCUGCUUUUUGGGUUUCUCUUCUGGAUAAAUUCCAGGCUUUCUUUAGUUAUUCUUCAGUAUUGUAAUAUUUUGGCAGGUAAACUCCUUAAUUCAGAUGAAUUGAUAAGGAUCGUUAUAGAUGCAACGCACCUCUGAAACCAUCCAAUCAUAUGCAUUUUUUAAAUCAUAUAUCAAGCUAAACCAUUUCUGGAUACUGUGCUUAGUAGUUCAACCUUGUGCAGUUGCACUUUGUCCUCACUUGUUGUGUUCCUCUUCACAUUCUCAUGUAUUGAUCACAAGAGGAGGCAAACUACAGCAUAAGGCAUUACCUAAUAAUGAUCACUUUUAUUCGAAUAAAACCAGAAAAAUUACAAUUCCCUUCAAUUAUUGGACCUAAAUCACGACGUAGAAAGGAACUUUAUCAAGCAUUUUAUUUUCUAUAAAGUGGUGCUUCACAUCUAUGACAUUGUACGUCCUUGUUGACAUUUCUACACUUUGUGAAUAAUCACUUAGCAUGAUGAAUGGGCCUCUACCUGAGCAUCUGGGACUUGUGCACUGUGCAGGAUGUACAUUUAUUGUAUUAAAGGUAAUGAUAAAACUGCACAAAUACAUGUAUUAAAUUCAUCUGAUUUUAGGACUAUUUCACUGCCAAAAGUCUGACCAGGGCUUCGGUCUUGGGAUGGGAUUUGUGAUAUCUGAUCUGUAAGCAAACACGCACAGUUAGGGCCUUUCCACAUGGUUAUGGAUAUUUUUGAAAAUAAUUCUACAUGAAUUUUUUAAAGUUUUCAAUUUUUUUUUUUUUUUUUUUGUGGAUACGAACAAAUUAUAUUUCUUAAUGUGGGCAAAGGCAUCUGACAUCUUAUUUUUCAUUUUAGAACUUUUGGCAAACAGUGACCCUAACCAGCAUUAAAAUGAACCAAUGGACUGAAUGAACCAACUUUUGGCCAUGGUGGUCUUUCUCCACAUUUUGCAUUCUCUACCACUCACUGCACAUGCUUACAACAGCCGGUUGGCCUGUUCAUAUGGCCAGUUUUUUUUUUUCUUUGUACAGUUAUGGUCAAAAAUGUAUAUGGACAGCUGAUCAAAACACCCAUAUGAGGGUCAAAAUUUAAGGCACACUGAGAAUGCUGCACAGCAAGCAUUUUUACUGUUGAUCCGUGCCUGACCUCUUGUGUUCUUGUGGAUAAAUGGGCAAAAGUCUUAUAGCCACACUACAAAACCUAGUGGAGAGCCUUUAAAAAAGCUAGCCUAUUUUGGCGGGGUAUGUUAAUUAAUAAUCAGCUGUUUAUACACUUUUGGCCCUAUAUUGUAUUUUUUUAAAUACUGUAUUGCAUUUUUUAAAAUACUGUUUGUAUCCUUUAAAAGGGGUAGAAACCAUGUUUUCAAAAAUAUCUGUAUACAUGUGAAUGGGGCUCUAGGGACACCAACACAGCUUUAACCCUUAUUGCGUAUUGUGCUGAUAGUAAUAAUACUGUAUCUUUAGAUAAUCAAUGUUAAUUCUGGGAACUACAGUACAAGCUGCAUCCUAUUAGUGCGAUGCUGGGUGGAUGAGUCGAGCUGAGAUGAUGCAUACAGUAUAACACCUUGUACUCCCCCAGUAACUCGUUUACUGUAAAGAGCAGUUGGGUUAUAAUUGGUGUAUAUACUACAUCAAGGCUACUGGAGUUGUGAACACAUUUGGAAACGUACUUGCUUAUAGGGCAACUACAUAAGGCCUUCAUGACAGCUGACAUGAAAAUAAUUCCAGCAUUGUUCCAGCACUAAUCAGCUGCUAUACAUAAAGGCUCUUGCAGGUUUACAUAACACAAAUGGGAUAUAUCAGAUAUAAAAUGAGCUAUGUCAUUUCUUGUGACAUUCUACUGUAAUUAAGUGUCACACCGCAGCCAUAUGGUACGAAAAUUCUGUUACUUAACUCAGGUGUUCUUUAUCGAAGUUGAUGCUUGUUGGGAAAAAAAAAUCUAUAUUUAAUAUGGGGUUAAAGCCUAUAAGUUGGGAUGAACGUCUUAUGCAGGUGGCAUGUAGCACUAGGAAUACCAAUACCAAGUAAAAUGUUAGCAAGACAUUUUUCUACUUACUUAAGGAGCCUUAGUUUCACUUGAUAAACAAAAACCUGGUUUCAAUUCUGUAAAACAUUUCCAGUAGCCUUGGCAUGCCACUACUAACAAACUCAGUGACUGAAUACUUUCAUAGACAUAAAACACAAAUACAUAAUUAGUUACCGUAUACUACUGUAAGAGUGUAGAAAAGGUAAUCACUGUAUAUUAUGUUGAUUUUAUUUGCUGUUUGGUGACUUUAAUUCCUGACUUUAAAAACCCAGGAAUUAUCAAAUCUGGCAAAUUAGUUGUAAAUACUGCUACAAAACUUGGUUGUUCACUUUCAGUAAUGCUUUGACCUAGUGAUGGACAAAGAGAAUCCGGAGUCUGGGAAUAGACGCUUCAACCAGUAAAAUAUUCAAUGUAAAGAUUUACCAAUUUGUCUCUAUGUAGUUUUUAGGCAAGUACAGCGGUGACAGUGUUGUUUUAUCAAAUUUAGAAGAGCUUGCAGGUCUAUAUGGGAUACAUCAUUAGCCGCACUCUCUCUCUCUCUCUCUCUCUCUCUCUCUCUCUUUCCCUCUCUGUCUCUUGCACAUAUAGAUGCACAUAAGCACACCAAAAUUCACACACUAGUGUUUCUUAGAGUUUAAUUCCAGCACAUCCGUUACAUUUGAAGUAAGCGUAGUUAAAUGGUACCAUAUGCAUCAGCAGGUCUAGGUUUUCCAGAAAAGGAGAACUUAUUUCAAUUGGCAUCAUGCCAACACUUAAAGAAAAAGUAACUUUAUGACCAGCAUGUUUUUUAGGAAUCUUUUUGUUCUUGGUUAUAGCCUUUUGCAUUCGCCCAAGUGACGCAUGGUACAAACUCCAUAUUGUAAUUUCUAUUAAGACUGGAGUUGUGUAGAAGACCUGAAACCAAUGCUGGUGCUACCACUGUGAGCCUGUGUACUGUACCUCCCAUGCCCUGUGUGUCUGUACAUUUCAAAAUGUGAAUUUGAAAGACAACCACUGUUCUUUGUAUGUGUGUUUGUCUUAAAAAAAUUGGGCAAACAAUAGGCAGUGUUAUGAAUUAAGUGUACUCUUUAAUCAUGGCACUGAUCUAAAUACUGUUUUCUUUCUAUAGCUGUAUAGCCAUUUCUACCUGACUAAAACAUGCCUUUCCCCAGAAAUCUCUAAUCUGGAGGACAUUUCGGGUCAUGUUUCAAUAUUAUUUUCGGCAAUGCGCUCACUUACGAAUACUUGUCGCUGCUGUAAGGAUCUUUCCAGUACCUAAUUAGCAUAUUAGCUCAGGUGAUGUUUUUUUUUUUUUUUGGAGAAGCAAUGGGAAGCCUGGGGUAUCCACUGAGUUUAUAAGUGAGGAGCAAAACCUUCGGGAAGACACUUCAACCUAAUGUAAUAUUGUUUUCAGAUUAAGUGGAGCUGUUAAUAAAUGUAUAGAAGAGCAAUAAAGUAGUCAAUAAUUUAUGAGGGGCGUUUAAAACUAACUGGGACUUUUAAAUAACUCAAAUAGUAAAAACCACCUUUAUUUCUCUUAUUUAUAUAAUCCCCUGCUACACUAAUACACUUAUCUCAGCGUUUAAAAGUCCUUGGUUACCAUGAAGGUAGAAAGUUUUUUUCAGUAAGCCGAAGCAAUAAUCGGACUGCCUGCUUCGCGUCUAAACCGCUGGCCCCCCAGGAACUCCUUUAAUGGCCUGAACACGUGAAAAUGCCUUGGAGUAAGGUCAAGACUGCCUACGGGAUGUGGCAAUAACUCCUAGCCAAAUUCCUUCGGCCUUCUUGCACCAUUUAAAUGUUUCACCGCAUUUAAAAGUAUCAUUAUUAUAUCAUGCUUGAAGUUUGCCUUCAUUCACCAGAAAUUUUAUCACAAGUCCCGUCUUGACUUGAACACCCCUUUAAAAUUGUGGUGUUGUAUGGCCUACUAUUCUCUCACUAAUUAUGUAACUUCCAGAGGGGGUAAAAAUAGACAAAUUACUUUAUUAAAGUGUAAGUUUAAAUAAAUACUUUUGGUCAAAGUUAAAAUAUAGCUUCUUUUUUUAUUUAGGUACUAGAUACAUACAAAACAUAGCUAAUAAGAGGUACAUAUUGGAGCGAUAGAAAUUUUUUUUUAUGAUUUGAUGGAUCACUUUUUGUCAUUACAAAGCUUGAUGAUUUUUCCUCCAUUUUGGUACAUCACUAGUAUGAAUGGGUACAAACAUAACGUGUAAAAUUUAGAAAUGUACAUAUACAUGCAUUAAGUGAUGGUCCACUCACCUUGUCGAACCCAUUAGAAUGUAGAAUUUUAACCGGCUUCUAGCACAUUACCUUCUAGCAGUUACCUUUUGCAUUCCAAAAAAUAAUUGUAGAUAAUAUUAAAUAAUCAGUUUUAAAGGGUGCUUUACUUCCCAGCUUUGCUAAUAACCUUUUGGUUAGUUUGUUUGUAAGCUGCUCAAAAGAAAUUAUGAACAAAUCACCAAGGACACUGAUUCAGCUACAUGCUUGCUGUGUGUUGUGAUUGAUAAAUCUGCCUCCUACUAUAUACAUAUAUAUGUAUAUAUAUAUAUAUAUAUAUAUAUAUAUAUACUUUUUUAGCCCCUUUAAAUGUAAAAUAAAACCAGUCUGUACAUAACCUAAUUAGUAAAAUAUUAGGCUAAAUAUUUAUCUAUGUAGAAUUUAUUUUGCCUAUUUAUUGGUGCCAUUGAGCGUUUUUGUGAGACUUAUCCAUCACCUUUAGACAUUAUAUAAAGAUGUACAUGUUUUCUGAAUUACUCAGAUUUGGAUUAAACCCACUGAAUUCAUGUGGCUAGUCACACUUAUAUUAUACAUAUAACAGAUAUAGUAAUAAAUGUAAUGAAUUUGAUCAUGGAUUCUCUGGUUGUAUGUCAAAACCCCUUGCUCUGUUAGAGGGAUAACCAGGGUGUGUUAAAAACAUAAUAAAAAAAACAUAGGCCUGAUCCUUUCUUUCUGAUCAAUGAGAGAAAUGCAUUCUGUGAACUGAAAUAAUAAUUUCUAAUGAUGCAAGAGGUAUCUACAGUCCACCUGUCAUCAUCAGUGAGCUGUGUAUGGUUUAUGUAUACAAAUCAGCAUCGCCUUACAAUUUAGACCUUAAUACAUUAGACAUUACAUUUAGUGAAAUUAUCUGUAAAUAUAUAUUUAGCAUAGAAUAUGAAGAUUUAUAUAUGAUGACAAUGUAAAAAAUUUAAUUUAAUAACAAAGUGGAACAUUCGAUAUGGAAUUAUUAAAUUACAUUUAUUGAAAUAUUGGACAAACAGAAUUUACGAUACAAACUCAUUACUUUAUUUGCUUAAAUGAGAUAGCAGUUGUGCAUAACUAAAUCAUAUAUAUAUAUAUAUAUAUAUAUAUAUAUAUAUAUGUGUGUAUGUGUGCAAUUUAGUAAUUUAGUAUUGCUCAUUUUCCAAUAAGAUGUGACCAGUCUAAGGUGUGUCUGAGAAGUGUGUGUGUGCGUGUGUCAAAUAGUGACCGUGUAAGGGAACCUGUAUAAAACAGUUCAGAAGGUUUAAGGUAAUAGUUGUUUAUAAUUUUUUUUUUAUCCUAGAUUUAUACACAGAUGUUAAAGACAUAUCAGCCCUUCUGUACCUACUUUACACACUAGAUAAAACAUCACACAACAGGCCAAAUGGAUUUAUUUUGGAAAUUAUUUUCCACAGCUAGUGUUCAAAAAGAGAGAAGGACUCUUGAGACGUAUACUUGCUUAUGUUUACAUACAUUUCUCUAGGUGCCAAAUUAGCCUAGCCUUCUUACAGUCUAAAACUAAACAGGUGGGACUGCAGAAGAGCUGUGUGUUAUGAUACUCUUAUAAUAAUCCUCUGCAUAACGUAUGUAUGUCUAGUGCUUUUUUUCUUCCUUUUUCCCCUUAAAAAAUAUGUCCCUUUUUUUCUGUACUACUUUGUCGUGUAAGAAUGCUAUGUGUUAUUUCAGAGUUUUGACUCCUCGUGGCCCAGCCUUUGUCACACACAUGUUGAUUAAUUUUCUCACUUAUAUUUUCGUUGCUUCCUCCUGCCAUCCACAGCAAUGUGCCAUGAAGCAUAGACACAUUUUCCACAGUCAUGGACUUUUAUUAUGGACAAUUAUUUAUUGACAUUAGCAUUAUAUUUUAUAUAAGUAUGCGUAUGGACCAAAACACUUUUGUUUCAAAAAUCAGAAAUGACUUUUACAUUCUCCACCGCUAAGGCCAUGUCAUCAUUUUUUCGAAGAUGACUUCAUACAGAAACCAUCCUCAUUCAUUCCUUGACUUUGAAAUGGGUUGCAUUUUUUAAAAACAUUUUUAUUUUCCCCCUUUUUUUUUUUAAAAGAAGAUAUGAUUGUAAUGAUGAUGAUAAUAAAGAUGUUUGUGUUAUUAUUUUGCUUUGACUUUAUAAAAAGAAAAAAACCUUUGUGUGCCUCAGAUUUACAGUGUGUGGUGUUAAAUCCUAGAUUGGAAUAGUACGAUUUUUCAAAAUAACAUUAUAAUGCCCUAAAAUAAUGAGUUAUCUCAAAAUAAUAAUUACAGCAUGUCAAUAGCUUCCCAAUUUGCAGUUCAAGGCUUCUGCUGAAAUGAGCUAAUAUUGCUCCUAAUGUUUUGAUAUCAUGUAUCUUUGAUUUCAUCUGCUUUUACACAUCACAUCAUUAAGGUUCAUUGAUUUUAGGUUCAUAACCCUAAGCUGCAGGACCGACAGUGCUGUGUUGAGCAGCGUACAACUCUUCAUCUGUCUACAGCCCCAAGUGCCACACAGGACCUGGCAUUAUUUAGGAAGGUUCAGAAUUAAAAAAAAAAAAAAAAAAACAUGAAAAUAAAUAAAACUAAUAUAAAUCAUGUCAGAUCUUUUAGCAUUUCGUGGGAUAGAAUCAAAAUUCACCUGAAAACCAAGUAGAAAAAAUUCAGUGAACAUGGUAAGAGAAAAAUAUUCAUAUCAUGUUUUUGCAUAAGUGUGUGUACACCCUUUUAUAACAGGGGAUGUGACUGGGCUCAGAAUACUUCACAUUCAAACUCUUGUUCAAAAGUAACUCAAAAGUCAUUAAAGUAAUCUGUUUAACCCCAAAUAAAAAUCCACUGUUUCUA